AUGUCCGACGAUGAGCAGGCAGGCGGCGUUCCUAUCGGAUCAACCAGUCUUCCAAGUUCUGUAGACCAAGGCCAUUAUCCAACAUUCAACACGGGCUACUCAGACUUUCCCACCGCGCCGGCGACCGCGUCGCAGACACUUCAUCCCGCCGUAGCCCCGUAUUUCGCCGCAGAUUUCGAUGAUGAUCUCUACACCGGAGGCGCCCCGGGCGGCGAGAGUGAUGUCUCAAUCUUUCUUGACACCUGGAGGGGUGUCAGCCUCCGGCAUCCGAACUCAGCGAAUGUUGUUGGCUCAAAGGCGUCGACGUUCAGGCACAUUGAACGGCCUAGGACAGUGGAUAGGAAGCAACUCCAAGGCGACCGCUUUGACAUUCAAGGUAUUAACUGGGAAGCGCUGGAGACAACUAGGGAGACGGCUAGGGCCAUCCGAGAAAACUUUGCUCAUGCAUCUCAUGGGCGAAACCAUCUCCAUCUAAACCUUGCGAAGCCUCUACCUGAUACCGACAGCUUCUUUCGUUUCCGUAGAAUGAACACCGAGCACCGAGCCUGGAUCGCGCACUUCCAACUCCGCAACGUCAUCUCCGCCACCUCUCAACAUGACAUAUACUACGCCAAAGGCUCAAAAGUUAUGCGCACUGAUGCCUAUAACAUGCGGACGUCCUGCCUGAUGGAUCUCCCCCCAGUCGCCGGUUCGUCUGACGCCGGCGGCUUCCGCGUAACCGCACUGACAGCCUCCUCCAACACCCUCAUCGCCGGGGGCUUCAAGGGCGAAUACGCCAUCACCAACCUGCAAUCUGGGGUCGGCGCACCUCCAACUGUCGGCUCCGUCACACUAUCCUACAAUGGGAUCGCGACCCACGUGCACGCCUUCGCGCAUCGCACCUCCGCACACACAACCGCGGCUUUCUGCUCCAACGACGCCAAGAUGCGCAUUCUGGACUGUGAGACUGGAACCUUCACCCACACCUUUCCCUACGCCCGCCCCAUCAACUGCGCCGCCACCUCCCCGGACGGCCGCCUGCGCGUCGUGGUGGGGGAUUGCAACGAAGCGCUCAUCACGAACGCGGAGACGGGCCAACCGGUCGAGACACUACGAAAUCACACGAAUCACGCGUUCGCGUGCGCGUGGGCCGACGACGGGAGGUACGUCGCGACCGGAGCCCAGGACUCUCAAAUCGUGGUCUACGACGCAAGAUGGUGGAGGGACCCGCUCAGGUUCAUCGCGACUGAGGUCGCGUGUGCACGCGCCUUGGCAUUUAGCCCUGUCGGCGGCGGGAAGAGGGUGCUGCUUGCUGCAGAGGCGGAUGAUGUCGUCAACGUGAUUGACGCGCAGACGUUUGCGAGCAGGCAGAGCCUCAGUCUCUUUGGGGCGAUUGGCGGCAUGAGCAUCACGCCCGAUGGAGGGGACGUCUUCGUCGCGUGCUGCGACAACAAGGUCGGAGGGAUUCUGGGGUUCGAGAGGACGGGAUAUGGGCAGGAGUAUGGGCUGGGCGGUUUGUGGAGGAGGGAUUGGAAGUAUGGGGACCAGAGAAUGGUACAGGAGGAACCGGCGGAGUGGGCGACGGAUGAGGAGAUGAGAAGGGAUGGGAGGGUGGUCAAGGGGCCAACUGCGAGGAGUCGAAGGGGGUUGGGGCUCGGUAAGCUGAUUGUGUGA